AUGAUGAAGCCGGAGAUCAGGCACGUGACGGAGCCCGCUAAAGAUUUCGCACGUUUUUACAAGUCCUUUAUGAAGCAAAGUCUUGACCGAUAUUUGCUAUUAAAUGCUGCAAGUCUCCUCAAGUCCUCCAAACUUGGCUUUCAGUUUUGGCAAUUUGUCCCGAUUCCUCCCGAUAUGGAUCAAAGUUUAAGAACAGCUGCUCGUGCAGGAGAUAUCAGUGAUUUGUACUCUUUGAUUCAUAGAGAUGGAAAUGUUUUGAGGCGCUUCGACAAGGUCGAGUUUGUCGACACUCCUUUACACACAGCUGCAGAGGAAGGGUGCAUCGCGUUUGCAAUAGAGGUUAUGAGCUUAAAGGCAUCGUUUGCUCGGAAGCUAAACCGGCAAGGCUUGAGCCCACUUCAUCUCGCUGUUAAAAACGGGCAUAAAGAGAUGGCUCUGCGGUUCCUGGAGAUCGAUAAAGAUCUUGCUCAUGUCCGAGGAAAGAACAGUGAGACUCCUUUGCACUUCAUAAGUGAAGUUGGAAAUCCCAAUGGCCUGUUGGAUAGGUUUCUGGAGAUUUGUCCCGAAUGUAUCAGAGAUGUUACGAUUAAGAACCGUACUGCUUUGCAUAUCGCCUUGGAAAACAACAGACUCGAUGUUUGCCGAGUUCUAAUUCGAAAGCUUACAAAGAAAGAGUAUGGUCGGGAAGUGGUGAAUCAGAAAGACGAAGAUGGAAACACUGCACUGCACAUAGCUGUUAUCCAUAAUCAACCUGAGAUGCUCAAACUGCUAUUAAACUGCAAGGCUGAUAAGCAUGCCACCAAUCAAGCCGGUUCCACGGCACUCGAUGUUGCUCUACAACAUAAUAAAAUCGAAAGCAUUAUCGUUUUGUGUGGUUCUUUUGGUCCCGUAGUUUCAAAUUUUAACUGUUUGAUUCAAGGCCUGCUGCUUUCCCUUUUUCUGUAUGAUGAAUUCUGGAAAGGAAGCAUUGUGACUAUAGGUUGUGGUCUCUUACUAACAAUUACUACUCGUGUUGGUGGUGACUCUAGCUUGAGAUACUCUAUUUAUGUUAAUCCGAUAUCAGUCGACUUAACUGAUCACAUAACCGAUAUAACCGAAGCCUACACAACAGAAAGUGUCUAA